GAAAUGAUGAUUCAGGUGCUAUGGGAAGUUGGUUUGCUUUCCAUGCGAUGGGAAUAUUUCCACUUGCUGGCCAAGAUGUUUAUCUUAUCAAUUCUCCACAUUUCGAUCUAGUAACAAUAAUUUUAUCAGUAUCUCCCAUUAUAACAUUUUCUAUAAUAGCAAAUAAUUUAUCAAAUGAUAAU